AUGCCGCCCUCCGCUGUACAGUAUGAGAUCGAUUUACCCUCGCCCCGAGCAGGUGAAUCUGAUGGUGGAAAAGGAGGACGAGGAGGAAAAAAGGACGGAUCUCAAGAGGAGGAAGAGAGCGGGAGAAGCCGCGGAACUCACACACUACUACUCCUACUGGCAGCAGCAACGCACCCGCUCUCCGCCGGCGGUCCGCCACGCGCUACGCAACGACAACCGAUUCGACGACGGACCUCCCAACAACAACAACAACACCGCACGACCACCACCACAACCGUACCACGACCAAGCGGCUAUUUCCCCCUUCUAUUCCGAGCGGCGAGACUUCGGAGACAAGCUCAACACUCGCCUUUGGCGCCUUCGACCGUCACCACCCACCCGCCGAGCCCGAGCUCCUGCCAGCCCCUCCCCUCUCUCCUCCCCUCUCCCCUACGACGCCCAGCGGCCACCACCACCACCACCGACGAUGCCGCUGCUCGGGCGUUCCGAAUUUUGUCCUCUCCUCCUGCUACUACUCUCCAACCGAUCGCUGACCAGUCACUCUUCUGCGAGGGGACGCGAGGACAUGAUAUGUCUCGAGCGAUCCUCCUCAACAGGAAGCAGGACAAGGACGUCAUUGCCAUCGGCGGUGUCGGCGGCUAUCUCUCGCGUCGUCGAGUGUCGCAGCAACAACACGUUGGUACCUCCCCAGCUGCUGUUCCCGGUGGUGUUAACGUCGCCACUGGGCCCAGCGGCGACAGGACACCUUCAGAGCUGCUUCCCGGACCGAGGGUGGAUCCACCACACCCCUUUUUGACUGCCCCGGCAACUUGUAUAAACCUCUCCCAACCACCCCCCGUGCGCCGCCUGUAG